GUGUGACGCUUUGGUUGGCAGUGUUUGAGGAAGCUGGCGUGACAUUUAUCAACUUAGAGAACAUUUAAGGAUUUCCAUGUGUAGCACAAAUCAUUACCCCAGCCCUGACUCAGAAAUGGUCGGAGCUGGCAAAACAGAAACAACAAGAAAGCAAACACCCACUUUGGAACUGUCCAGUGCAGCACAGCUCCCUGAGAGUUCAAAUUGCCUGUCAUGCUCCGAAGACGGCAGGUACCUCAGUAUGGGUCACUCUCGGGGCUUGUCUGUGUGGUGUGCGACCUCUUUUGUCUGUGUGGCAGAGUGGCUGCAGGACAGCCUGGAAAUCAUGUGUAUUCAAAUAAUCAGAAUGGCUGAAGCAGUCUAUCUGCUCGGCACAGUUGAUGAUAUGGGUGUGGCCAGAAUUUUUGAAUUUCAUUCUGAAGCUGUUCACCUUGUCAGUGUUGUUAACCACAUGGAAAAUGUGAACAAAAGGAGGAUUUGCUUGGCCCUUGAACUGUCUGAAGGGGGAGAUUAUGGAGCUGCAGCAAUGAGCUGCAAGGGUGAUGUUUGGCUGGAGGUUUAUCAUCUCCCCCUAGAAGCAUGGCUGAAGGAGUUAGAGAGGACACAAUCACAGGACCCGUCUGAACAUGUGGAUGCUGAAUGGUCUCACUUUUCAGUGGUGCUCAAAAUCAGACCAGCAGGGACAACAUUGCAUGAACCACUUAAGGAUAUGAAGACGACAGAUUUCUUCACACACUGUUGUUCUCUAGACGUAGAAUCCAGCAGCAGUUGUCAAAGGCUUUGCACCCACCAUUUCCUUCUGCCUUGUGGUCAGCUUCCUGGUGACAGUAAAAAAAAGUUUCAGCCAGCAGGAUUGCCUGUUGCUGUCUGUGUGUGGUGGAGUGGCAGCCAUAAUCUACUUCAGUAUUCACUGCACAAAGUUCCAAAGAACAAACCAGAUGUGGAACCAAUACCAGAUGUGAUAUUGCCAAAUGCAAAGGAAAUCCUCUGCUCUGCUGUUAGUAGAUGCACCCAAUACAUAGUUGUUGGGCUUGAGGGUGCCAUGGUGUAUGUCUGGGACAGACAAUCUGGGUUGCCUUUAUCUGUAGUCUUGGUAUCAGCAGCAGACAGCGCCUUCUUCAGAGUGCAAUUAGUCAAUUACUGGCCUGAGUCUGCUGAUGAUUUGCAGAUGUUUACAGCAAAGGUCCAUCUUUUGGUGCUGUGUAAAAGUGGAGCUAUUUAUAGCGUCACAACAGGGCGAGGAACACAAUCUUGCACAAUGCAGCUCACUGAAAGAUCUAAGGACAGCAAGGACCUGCCAACUGUCAUCGCAUCAGUGCCAUUCCUGCACAGCUUGUCGCUUAUGGUGCAAAGAAAUGGAAAAAUGUUCCUCCAAGAUGUCAUCAACCAAACUACAGUGUGCUACCUGAUUCCUCCUGCAUCUCAUCUGUUCACUACACCAUGCAAGCCUGUUUAUGCUCUGAGUGCCAAACAUAAAACUCUCCUCAUACAAGGAGACCAGGACCCCAGCUGCAGUGCACUCUCUGAAGGAGGAAACCAGAGUCAGCUUUUCAUCUUCCAAUUUGGAGAGAUUGACAUCACAAAGAAGUAUAUUGUUCCUCUUCCAGACCCUCCACAACAACAAACGGUUUGCUGUGUCAACCUGGAGGAAAGCUGCAACCUCUACCUGGAGCAAAGAGCACAGUCUGUGGAUGAAAGAAACAACGCUGUAACACAGACAUGGACGCAGCUACAGGAAACUGCAGUCACCCUACAGCAGCAAGACGGCAGCGCUACAGCCAGCUGAGGAACUGCAGCAGAUGAUUUUUUUUUUGCACAGAGAUAAUAUUGUAUGUUGUAUCUGUGUGCAUGUUUAGUGUACUUUGCCAUGGGAAUCUUGUAAUCCCUACCAUUCUACUGCACCAUUUCUCCUUCACAUAGACAGAGAUGUCAUUUUCAUGUGUGAGAGAAUAUAAAGAGGUGCUUUACCUUAUCUUCUUAUUUUUUUACUAAAUUACAAAUGAAGAGAAAACCAUUAACCUGGAGUGUUUGCAUUAUCGGUAGAAAUAAAUAAACAAAUGUCGUUUUGAAGACAGAUUUCAGCUUCUGAAAUAUUUCUGAGAAAUUCUAUUUUCAGGUUUCCAAUAAAACAUGGAUGAUGUUCUUUUUAGCAUAGCAUUCUGUCCACUAACUUAUGGUAAGAUAAGUGUGCUAUCCUGUUCUUUUCUGUUACUGUCUGGCUUUGACAACAUGUCAAGUCAAUCAAUGCUGUCCAUGUUCAAACAAUUCAUUCAGCACUGUCCAGUACUAACAUAUAUCAUCAAAUAUACAUUCAUAUACAUUAACCAUUGAUGUGGCAAUGAAUGGCUUAGAUAUUGCAAACAAGCAAUCUUUUUUAUUAUAUUUUCUUCUUUAAGUAAUGAGCACAGUACACAAUGGGAGAAUUCAGUCAAAUGUAUUAAACCAUUUCUUAAUUUAAGUUCUUACUAUGAUAUUUAGAAUAAGCAGUAAAUGCCAGGGUAACUGGAUUAAUAAAGGUUGCAAAACGAUAUCCAGUUUUGCGAAUUGAAAAGGAGAAUUUAUUUUUAAUAGCUGCCAGUUUAUUCUCAUUUCAUAUCUCACACAGUUUUAUGUGACGUUACAUCACAAAGAAGAUUUUAUGUCCAAACUGUAUUUGCUUUUGAGAUGAAAUCUCACUGAUUGGUUCUGCGAUGCUGAUUGAAUAGUCAGAACAUUUUUUACUCGUGUUGAAUUACAGAUGAACAUUUUUUAAUAUCCGGUGCUGCUGGGCAAUCUCUGAUAUGUAUUUUUCAAGAUGAGUAUAUUCAGUCUGUCUGUGACUGGGCUGUUUUUAGUCAUGGCACAUUAGCUUUUGGUUGCCUUUGGGGUCCUUUAAUGUUUCAUAUGUCAUGUUUGUGAUAUCAGAAGAUAAAAAAAAAAAAUCUAGGACAGGGUGCAGAGAGUGUCCUUAGAGUGCUUUUUAAAAGCAUCCUUAAUGAAAAAUUUAAGCAUUCGUAGAAAAAACACAUUUUGGGCUCACUGGUAAAUUGAAGGUUAAACCAGUCUCAGGUCAAUGAUACAGUUUAAUGGUGAUUGUUUAAAUUAUACACAUAUGUAAUAUCUAUUUACAGAUUCUACUUAGAAAUGUAGGAUUCGUACACAGGGGUCGUGAUUUUCAGCAUGUGAGGUAUUCAGGUUUGCGUUUGUGGUACACUUUUAGUCCGAGAUGUAUUGACCAAUAACGUAUCAGCAGGCUUUAGUGUGUACAGGUUAAGUGGUCCAUGUGGACAACAAUAAACAGGUGGAAUGGUUUCUGUGCUGAUGACAAACUAGUUCCAAUGAACAGUGUUUUUACAAUUAUUUAUUUGUCUCUGCAAAAGAAUACUGGUCUAAAAGUGUAGGUAACAAUGAAAAGAGGACAAAUUUAAACUUGAGCCACAAAUCUGCUUGACGCUGUGUUUUUAAAGCCAAUCAGUGUUUAGAUUCCCUGACUACCUGAAACGCAUCAGAAAUGAUCCCACAUUUUAAAAAUGUUUUUCUUCUCCUGAAGACAAGCCUGACAAAGCCCAACUUUUUACUU